AUGGCUCCAUCCGCCGAUCCCGUUCCUGUGCCCACCCUUGCCAACUUCCCUCCUCCGACCCAUCCCGAAUGUCUGCGUGUCAACCGCAGUACAAAGGCAUUUGCCAGUGGAGCUUAUUCUCUCGUUGACCUCCCCGCGGGUGCGGUCUUCGCCAAGAUUACUACGGCAACUCCCGGAAAGAAGGCCUACACAAGUGUGCAAACUGGCCGCGACACCCAUAUCGAACUCAAUUCCGACCUAGUCUACUGCAACCACUCAUGUGCACCAUCAUUGGUCUUUGACAUGGCCCGUAUGGAGGUGCGGGUCGUGGACGACCGUCCUUUGAAGAUCGAUGAUGCCCUCACCUUCUUCUACCCCAGCACCGAGUGGGAUAUGGACCAGGCAUUCCAGUGUACCUGCGGGGCAGGUGAAGGAGUCUGCAGAGGCUACAUCUCUGGGGCCAAGAACAUGUCCAGCGAUCAGUUGAAGGGCUACUGGCUCAAUGACCAUAUUUCCGAAUUGUUGAAUGAGAAGGCCAAUUGA